AUGGCCUCGUCUCAAGGGAAGAACGAGCUGAAAUUCGCCGACUGGAUGGCCACUCUGCCCGAGAGCAUCCACAGCAUCCCCCUCACCAAUUUAGCCAUCCCAGGAUCUCAUGAUUCCUUCAGCUUCUACAUUGAUGAAGCCUCUCCAGUGGGGCCUGAACAGCCAGAAACUGUCCAGAAUUUUGUCUCUGUGUUUGGAACUGUGGCGAAAAAGCUGAUGCGGAAAUGGCUAGCCACUCAAACCAUGAACUUUACUGGUCAGCUAGGAGCUGGGAUCCGUUAUUUUGAUCUUCGAAUUUCCACCAAGCCUAGAGACCCCGACAAUGAACUCUACUUUGCUCAUGGUUUGUUCAGUGCCAAAGUCAAUGAAGGCCUUGAGGAGAUCAAUGCAUUCCUCACAGAUCACCAUAAGGAGGUAGUAUUCUUGGACUUCAACCACUUUUAUGGGAUGCAGAAGUAUCACCAUGAAAAACUCGUCCAAAUGCUGAAAGACAUCUAUGGAAAUAAAAUGUGCCCAGCGAUUUUUGCCCAGGAAGUGAGUCUAAAGUACCUGUGGGAGAAGGACUACCAAGUGCUGGUCUUCUACCACAGUCCAGUGGCUCUGGAAGUACCCUUUCUCUGGCCUGGGCAGAUGAUGCCAGCACCUUGGGCCAACACCACAGACCCGGAAAAACUGAUCCAGUUUCUUCAGGCAUCCAUCACUGAGAGAAGGAAGAAGGGAUCAUUUUUUAUAUCUCAGGUGGUGCUGACCCCCAAAGCUAGCACCGUGGUCAAAGGGGUGGCCAGUGGUCUCAGAGAAACAAUCACAGAAAGAGCUCUUCCUGCCAUGAUGCAGUGGGUCCGCACGCAGAAGCCAGGAGAGAGUGGCAUCAAUAUUGUCACUGCCGAUUUCGUAGAACUUGGUGAUUUCAUCAGCACUGUCAUAAAGCUCAACUAUGUCUUUGAUGAAGGGGAAGCCAACACUUGA